UGGUGGCGGCCUGAGGAGAUUCGCAAGCCCAAUGUUGCCCUGAUAUUUGCGUCCGAGUUUUGAGAAAAUUACGACUCCUAAGAUGCCUCAGGAACAGUACAAACACCACCGGAGCACCAUGCCCAGCUCGGAGGGGCCACAGGUAUACAAAGUGGGGAUUUAUGGCUGGCGGAAGAGAUGCCUGUACUUCUUCGUCCUUCUCCUGAUGAUCUUAAUACUGGUGAACUUGGCCAUGACUAUCUGGAUUCUCAAAGUCAUGAACUUCACAAUUGAUGGAAUGGGAAACUUGAGAAUCACAGAAAAAGGUCUAAAGUUAGAAGGAGACUCAGAAUUCUUACAACCGCUCUACGCCAAAGAGAUCCGGUCCCGGCCAGGUAAUGCUCUGUACUUCAAAUCCGCCAGAAAUGUCACAGUGAACAUUCUCAAUGACCAGACUAAAGUGCUAACUCAGCUGAUAACAGGUCCAAAAGCUGUAGAAGCUUAUGGGAAAAAAUUCGAGGUAAAAACGGUCGCUGGGAAAUUGCUCUUCUCUGCAGAUGACCAUGAAGUCGUAGUGGGCGCUGAGAGAUUAAGAGUUUUAGGAGCAGAGGGCACGGUGUUCCCUAAGUCCAUAGAAACUCCUAAUGUCAGGGCAGACCCCUUCAAGGAACUAAGGUUGGAGUCCCCCACCAGGUCUCUGGUGAUGGAGGCCCCCAAAGGAGUAGAAAUAAAUGCAGAAGCCGGCAACCUGGAAGCCACGUGCAGAACAGACCUGAGGCUGGAGUCCAAAGAUGGAGAGAUUAAGUUAGAUGCUGCGAAAAUCAAACUACCUAGACUGCCUCAUGGAUCCUACACGCCGACGGGAACGAGGCAGAAGGUCUUCGAGAUCUGCGUGUGUGCCAAUGGAAGAUUAUUCCUGUCCCUGGCAGGGACUGGUUCCACUUGUCAGAUAAACACAAGUGUCUGCCUUUGAAAGACUAUCCAUAGUGGACAUUGUAGGCAGUAUAAAGGCCUUUUUUGGCUUUAGACACUGGCUGCCAGCUAUUUUUACUAGAACACAGAAAGCCUAUCAAAGACCUUUUGUGUGUGUGUGUGUACAUGCGUGUGUGUGUGUGUGUGUCUGCAGGUGUGGGUGAGUAUAAAUAUAUAUAAAUAUAUAUAGAUACAUAUAUAUAUCCUCUGUAUAAAAUGAGGUUUCAGUACAAAAGGAACCAUGGGUGACCCUGUGAUCUCCACUGUCAUUUCCCACCCCAUCUUCACCACCUACAAUGAGGAAAUUGAAAUGUCCUAGAACACUAGGUGGAAGCCCAAGUUUUCCAGACCACUCAAAUCACAAAAGGUGUCAAACACUUAUAGCAGUAUUUUCCUACCGUAUACAUUUUCUUUACCACAUAGAAAGGCAGUGAUGGCGGGAAUCUCCAAGUCACAAUUGGGACCCUUGUGUUAAAAACAGAACCAAGUGUCCAUUUUUCAGUUUUACAUAAGCCUGGCCAACUUGCCCACCACUCUUCACGGAGGCAAGAGGCAGUGCCACACAGUUCGCCAUAGGGGCUCCGAAGGGCUGUCCUACGUUUGUAGUGAAAUGUAAUGGGGCCUUUGCAGUUCAGUACAGGAGGGGGAGGUAUUGUAGCUGAUUUUUAAAUGCUCCUCCAGUUCCUGCUUGCUUCCUCUGUUCUUCCUCUAUCAGACUGAGGGUUGCAAAUCAGCACACAGUAGGGAAGCAGCUGCCCCUCAGCUGGCUAGAAGCGAUUCAAAGGCCUGUCAGGCAAAGAACAAGAAAAAAAGGCUCCAAAGUCCUCCCUUCUGAUUUUACCCAGUAGCAUCUAACCCCCAAAAGAUCAAGGGGGUCAAAAUCCUUAAGAGCAGAAACACCACCCCCAUGAGAAGCCAUUUUGAGCCAGAAGCCCAAUGAAGAGGUACCUAGGAAACCUCGUUAUUUUAAAUGUCUUGGGAGCAGUAGGCAUUUAAAGACAUGCCUUUUAUUUUUAAAGGCAUGGGCAAACUCUCUGGUUCUGAUCUUUUUUUUCUCCCAGUGUGAGGAUUGUUAUCAAUCCACUAUUACAUUUUCUCCAAGAAUAGUUACCCAAGAACCACAGAUGUUAAUUGUUCACUGGAAGCUAAUGUCAACAGCCCAGUAUCUUUAUCAGAAUCACUGUGUCCCCUAUAGAUAGAAGCAGCCCUCUAAUUCCCGCCAUUAGCUACCUCUCAUCACUUCACCUUCAUCAUCACGCUCCAGGGUCACCCUGGCCACUCUUGUGCUGGGACAGGGGAUUACACCAUCUCUGUUCAAAGAGGGGGAAAUGUGCCUAUGCCUUAAGUCAAUGCACUCAGCAAGGAGAAGCACAUCCUAUUUACCUUGUUGUUACCUGUAGUUUCUUUUGAGUGAUUGGAGGGAAAGGAUUUAGGAAUGACUGAGUGUCUUAAAGGCUGCUAGCAAACCAAGUGGCUGUCAGACGUGGAUUCUAAGGAACUGAGCAUGGAAAUUAAGUGGCAUACACAGUCCUGAAUACCAUUUGAAGUUGGAUGCAUAUUUAUGGACAAGAUGGAUUUUUUUUUUCCUUCAACAAGGUUCUAAGUUUUCCUAAUUCACAAGCAGGAGAAAGCUUAUCACAAGAGAUGAAACUAAGAGGAUGUUUUUGAGAUGAUGUUCAAGCAGGAGACAUUUGCAUCUGUGGGAGAUAGAAGCUGUCGCUACUCACUCACUUAGUUGGAGGGGUCAGGGAUUGAAGCGGAUCUGUGGCCCUGCCGGCUUACACACUCCAAGUGCCCUCCAGCCGCCCUUGCUCCAGCCCCUGUGGAAGAGGUCAGUGGUUCAAUGGCGAGAUCGUAGAUUGCCUAGUCUGCAGCACCAGGGUCUAAAACGGAAAACCGCAGAAUGACAUCAGGUUACUAUGGAUCAUUCCGAUUAAGAUCCCGGAGGAUCGUGCUCCAGAACCUGCAUGUGUCAUCUCCAGGGUCUUGACAAGCCAGAACAGGGUCUUUUUGACUGUUAGGAGCACCUACUCCAUGUCUUUCAGAUACACAGUGGUAGCUCUGAGGUUUUUCGUGGCUAAAUACCUUAAGACAAGCUAGUUUGGGUUUUUUAGGAAGACAGAAACCCUUUGUAUUUUGCUAUCUGAAGUACAUAAUCUGUGGAGGACUUUUCCCUUUGAUUUUGUUCUAACCAUUACAUGGAAGUCUGAGAACAAUACCUUAGGAGUUGUAUCCAACUUUUUUUUAAAAAGAGGAAUUGAUAUGAUCCUACUUGCAAAAUUUAAUCCUGAAGAUAGAUCAGAUACUGGAAUGAGAAUAACAAUAGAAAACAAUAAUAUAAAUCACCUACCUUUUGGGGACAGAUGUGAUAUAAAACUGAUUUUUAUUUGUGUUAAGAGACCUUGAUGUGUAAGGGAAUAAGCAGGAAAUUAAAUUUUGUAUUUCACUUUAGAAUGUAGAAACCUGUAACAAUGCAUUCUAAGUUCUCCAAUGUACUUUUUGUUUCUCUCUCCCAAGUCCUUCCAACUAGAGUAUUUGUCUAUGGUCAUGAGAGAAAGCUUUAUCUGAAUUCUGGAAAAAGAUAGCUUUUACAUUAAAAUUUGCUAACCAUUAAUAAAAACUGAGAUUCUUUCUAAUCUUUAUACACAAUAUCUUCUAGACAACCAUACUUUGCAGUCUAUUAAGCAGCAGGUGGCAAAGCAGAGUUCAAAUUAAUCUUCAAUGUUCCAGAAUUUCUAGUAUGCUAACAUUCUUCAGAGGACUUUUAUAAAUUAAAAAUCUAUCUUCAAAUAUGUUUAUCAAUUAGUUCUACUUGGUAUCUUCUCAAUAUGUCAUAAAACUGAAGUCUUAGGAAACUGAUAAAAUACAAUAGAGGUGUUCUAGGGGGAAAUUUGAUGGACAGCUUCACUAUUGUUAUCUUACCCAAGAGAUAGAUCCUGUAGACUUGAAGUGGCUCUUAACUUUCUUUAGAUCAUUUUUUCCCAUUGGCUAAUUUUCAAUACACAUCUUAAAAGUUUGACAAGCAUAGACCAAAGACCACUUGAGGUAUGACUCUAGAGUAGAGGUUAGAAAACUAUGGACAUUGAACUAAAUUCAGUCCAUUACCUGUAUUUGUCAAUAAAGUUUUAUUAGAACACAGA